UGGUGCGGCGGCAGCAGCACAAUAAGCGGGCUCAGCCGCCUCCCUCUCCGGGCCCCUGCUGGACGCUCAGGAUGGCCGAAGACUCGCCCAAGCGCCGCAAGGCCAAUUUCAACGAGGCGGAGACGGAGGUGCUGAUCGAGCAGGUGCUGAAGCACGAGCAGGUGCUCUUCGCCGCUGGACCUGGCCGGGCCUCCCCGGGCCAGAAGCGCAAAGUCUGGGAGCUGAUCCGGCACAAGGUGAACCCGGUGGCCGCCUGUCCCCGCGAGGUGGAGGACCUCAAGAAGCGCUGGCGGGACCUGAAGCGUCGCGACCGGAGCAAGCUCUGCCGCAUCACCCAAGGCCCCGGCGGGCCCCUGCCCCACCCGGCCUCGCUCGGCCUCCUCCUGCCCCCCGAGGACGUCUCGCCGCCCGACCACCUCCGAUCCUACGGCUCCGGGCUGCCCGCGGCCAACGAGGCUGUGCCCAUCGUCGGAGGCAUCGACACUCUGGACUUGCCGCCGGGAGCUUCCGUGACGGACGUCGGUCUUACAGAAGAUCCUGGUCCAUCCCACCAACCAUGUCUAGAGAAGAUAAAUCUAAAAGAAGAGAUAGUGGUGAAGGUAGUAGAGCCAGAAGAAAGCUCUGAGGAUAUGACUGUGGUUCCUCCUAGCCAGGACCAACUUCCUUUUUUGGGGAUUCCAAAUGGAGACCUUUGUGGGAAAGUAAAAGCCAAAACAAAAACUCAGCCCCAACCAGAUCCAAAUGAAAUUACAGAGGAGGAUCUAUUGCAGAUCCAGCAGAACCAGCUGCAUGUCAUCCAGUCUGGCUUUGAUAGUAUCAACCACAAUCUUCGACUGCUGCAGCAAGGCAUGCAAGAUCUCAACAACAGCCUCAACAUCAUGGCACAUACACUAGUGGCAAUCAAAAAUGUCUAUGUGAAAAAUAAUGCCGGCCCAACCACAUUUGCUACUGUAGCUACUCAAACCACAGCAGGGUAUUUGAGUCCCGGGUCUCCCUUGGUUGAGGACAGAAUCAGAGUACCAGUGGCAGGAAAUAGUAGCAGAAGUAGCAGCUGUAGUUCCAGCUCUAUGUCACAAGAGCCAGGUCCAUCAGAAUUUCCAAGGCCCCCACAUAGACCCAUUAAGAAGGAGCAUCCAAAUGGCUGCUACUAUUUCUGUUUUGCAGAUGUGUGAGACUUCAAUACUCGAAGAAACCUGUAGUGGACUAAGAGAGGCUGUUUUGUAUUCUCCUCCAAUAAUUCGUGAUGGAACAGAUGUGUCUAGCUGUUCUCUAGAAUGCUGAACACUGAAGAUCUCCACUCCUAUUGAAGACAUGUCAUGCGUAGGAGACAUAACACAAGCUACAACACUUAGAGCCUAGUCCUGUGCACAUUUACUGAGAAGUAAGUCCCCCUGAGUUCAGCAGGACAAAAUCCCCAAAAGAACUAUAGAAUUGCAGUAGUUCUCAUGUAGCUUUUACAGUUGGUUGACUGAUGCCUUGAAUAUUGCAUCUCCCUUAGUCUUACAUUUUCCCCCAAGGGGAAGAGAGAAAAUAUGACUCACCUAGCUCUUCCUAGUAUUAAGCUGAUCUUUAAAAGCGACGAAGAGUAUGAAAACAUAACAGCAAUAUCUGGGGCAGAACAUCAUACAGGCGGGGAGGGGAGGUAGCAAUCCAAACUGCAGAUUAGUGAGAUUUAGUACUUUAUUGUACUUUUAUUAAAAUAAAAAUUAAACUACUAGAGAGAUGUUUGGGUGAUCAAUAAGAGAGCAUGUGAAAUUUAGCUACUCUAGGAUAUGAAUUGGGGUACUGAGCUAUGAGCCAUAGACUUGUAAGUUAUCCCUGGUUGCUCUUCUUGUUGCUUGUGUUCAGUUCCUUCGCAAUAAAUCGCUACUGCAAAAAAAGAAAACAAAACCCACUCUGCUGAAAAUCUGGAAAAUGGAGUAAAGGCUGCCUUUUGUUGCAUAAUUAAAAAGAAUUUGCCAAAAAACAGUUCUAAUGAGUGAUGUUUUCUUUUGAUAUUCAGUAAUCUGGGAAAGUUUGCUCACCGCAAGGGUAUAUCUUCUGAUGCAUGUUGAAAACACAUUUCAAAUGUACUACAUCUAAAUUUCUUUAAGAGUACUAAGAUGCCUGUAUUUUAAUUAAUUUUAAUAAAAUUCGUCCUUAAGAUUUGAUAGCCCACAAAUAAUUGCACUGCACUUUGUGGCUACAGAUAUGGGAAUGGGAAGAAGCAGGCAUGUUUCCUUGUGUUGGUCACGGUGUAUAUGAAGGGCACCUACCUGUGGCUGUAGAGU